ACACACAACUUCCUUUGUCAAAGAAACACAAUCUGUGACUCCAUCAGGUCGUUGUUUCCAUCAGCAUCGUGCUGGAGCAUCAACAGCCCACAGACCCCUCAGGAAAUGCCUUUAUGAUGUUAUUCUUGAUGUUAUUCUCUUAUGCCACAAUCACAAUCGCUUUCUGAAACCUUUUUUCCUGUCCGGCACCGAAGCAAUCACAGUGAAUCUGAAGAGAAAUGCCCGACGGUUUACUGUCCCAGGUGGUUCAUGACGCUUUGUGCCAUGCUGAUCAUAGUUGGUUUGACCUUUAUUAUGUCGAUGGAAACAGACGGGAGCAGGGACAGAGAGGGAGGAGCUUCUGAAACUAAUGAACCUUCUUUCGGUGAUUUCAGGGUUCGUUCCGUCAUCAUCCUUCAGGACAAACCUCACGACAGAGAGAGGCUGCUGCUGAAGUUCCUGAAGAUCAUGAAGCACCUGAGGAAGCUCAGUAACUUUAACUCGUACCUGUCGAUCCUGUCAGCGCUGGACUCCGCCCCUCUGCGACGCCUGGACUGGCAGAAAAGCACGUCAGAGGCUCUGGAGGAGUUCAGCACCUUGAUCGACAGUUCCUCCUCUUUCAGAGCCUACAGAGCAGCUCUGGCUGAAGUGGAGCCUCCCUGCAUACCCUACCUGUACGUACCUGUUGGGCAGUCACCCUAAUGUAGAACGUGUCUAUGUGAUCAACCUCACAGCAGCCACAGUAUUAGAUAAAAGGCUCCAACAGCACAAACACAGUCCAGAGGUCCAGUUCAGGUCCAAUCUCCAAUUGGCUGAGGUUUAGCCUAGCUGCAGCUACAGCCACCUGU